ACCAGACAGCGACUCGCUGCCCAAAUACAUGGUCAACUAUAGUCCCAAACACUCUCGCAAGCCAAGUUCCUUGACGUCAAACAGAAACAUAAAUAUGAAGAACUUGUCACUCAAUUUGGACGAUGGUAGCAGUAUCACUGCGGGGCCCACCAGCGGUGCCAGCAAAAAAGCCUUAUCCAUCGGCAUCCUGGCGCUGGACCAGCCGUCCGACUCGCAGUCACCGUUCCUUUCCUCUUCUCCCAUCGUUCACAAUAACUCCAGCACUAUGCUUUUGGACCUGAAAACAUCCUCCUCGCUUAAACUCCUGCCAGUGGAGUCGCUGCCACGCGUACGAAACAACCCGGCUUUACACACAUCGAAAGACUAUAAGUUCCCCCAUUCCGACCUAACUGAAAGUUUUUCCAAGUUGGCCGUUAGUCAGUCAGAAACCCACACUCUUAGCUUCCGUCCAAACGUGCCAGAAGAGCUCCAAGAACUGAGCCAGCUUGAUGCAUAUCCCAACGGACCGGCCAACGUUCUUAACGGUUCGGUAUUUUUGUACUCAGAGCCCACCAUCGAUGAAAUUAAUCAAUUUGACCUUGUGAUUAACGUGGCCAAAGAAUGCCCUGACUUGCUGGCCGAGUUUAACAAGGAGAACCUUGCAAGUAAAAAGUAUAUCUACAUUCCUUGGAACCACACGAGCUCUAUCUCGGAGGAGUUACCGCAAUUAACGCGACUCAUGGCUAGUUAUGAUGACCUGGACUCGAGGUCUCGCAAACGAAAGAUCUUGGUGCACUGCCAAUGUGGAGUCUCACGAAGUGCGUGUGUGGUGGUUGCCUACUUUAUGAUGAAGUUCAAAAUGAACGUAAAUGACGCAUAUGAGUUGUUGAAGACAGGCACCAGCGCCAGUUCACCAGAAAAAACCAACCGGCAAGUAUUUGAACGAGGCUACACCAUCCAGAGCUGCGAUCGGAUCUGUCCAAACAUGAGCUUGAUCUUUGAACUCAUGGAUUUUAAUGAGACUUUAAACCAUGUACACUAGCUGUAUAGUAUGAAUAUGAUGCCAUGAAAA